AUGCAACCGCGGGGUGGUAUGAACAGUCACGGUGGCCACGGUCGCCAGUACGGUCAACAGCAGUGCUUCCCGCAACAACAAUUUCAACCCAAUAACUGGAUGGCCACAACUCAGUUCGUAAACCGCGCCAAGCAGGCAGCUCUUCAACAAAGUGGUAACCACCAACUUGCAGCCCUCUUUGCCGACUCUAGCGGGAGGGCUGGAGGCAACGGAGGCGGAGGCGGUCCGAUUUCCUCCGACGGUUUUAUGCGACCUCCGAUGCCUGGAGUGAGAAUGGGCAUGGGUCCGCCGCCUCAGCAACAGGGAGGCAGCGGAAAAGUCAACUGUCAUUGCCCCACUUGCAUUGGAGGAAACCCGUUCCAAGGUCCCCGACCCUUGGUCGGCCCGCAAAAUGAGCCACAACAACCACGAGGAGGCGUAAUGACUUUCACUUCACAGCUGACGGGUCUGCCCAUUCCUGAGCAUCCCUCAGGACUGUUUCCUGCAGUAGAUUUUGUCAUGGUGCCUGCGACAGGAAAUGGAUUUGACGGCGGCUGGGAUUGCAGUUGUGGACAAAGUGCGGUGCCAACAUUUAUUAGUGAACAUCAACAGCAGAUACCGCCACCGCCGCCACCACCACCGAUGCAGCAUCAACCGCAGCAGCAACAGUUUGGGUGGAAUGGACCCAUGGAUAAUGGCAGCGGAAGGUGCUACUGUGGCGGCACUGGCAUGCAAAUGAAUAGCCUCUUUUAA